CCUCCUCUCGUCAACGUUGCGGCACCGUGCUUAACCUCCAAACACUACAUCGGCCACCACACACUUCCCACCUGGCCUGCCAGUCCUUGUUCCCUCUGCUAAUCCAGCCUCGCCCCCACACUGCACAUUAAUGGCAAUGGAGCUCGAUACCAGCGGCUUCGGCGACUGGGCAAACGAUGCCUUUGUCGCUCUGAACAACGGCGGUAUCACCCCUUCAUCGGAAAAAUGGGCGGCCUUCAGCAGCAAUCCGUCUUUCACCAUUCCACCCUCCCUCCUAACACAAGCUUCCAUUGAGCGCUUUGGCCAGAUCACACCACCCGACGAGCUUUCGCCCGCGGAGAACUGCCACGACUCCGCAAGGGAAGGCUCCAUCCCCAUCGAGCAGCUGAGGAACGAGGCCCUUUGGCCGGAGCAUCAACUUCAAGCUCUGCAAGACUAUCACCCACAGCUCGACUCUCCAGAGCAGUCACAGCCGCAGGCCCAAGAGCGCUCCCCCAAGCGUCGCCGCACGACGAGGGAGGCCGCGGCCAACCAGACGCCGGACCACCCCGCCUCAUCACAAGCUCAACCGGAUGCCGCCAACCCGCAACCCCCUAAGCGGAAGCGGGGCCGGCCCAAGUCGCAGCCCCAGAUGGUGGAGGCCUAUACAGCCGACGGCUACCCAUUCCACGUCUCUUCGGCCCGACAGUCGCACCUCGAGAAGAACCGCGUUGCCGCUCACAAGUGCCGCCAACGCAAGAAGGAGUACAUCAACGGGCUCGAGGCUCGCGCGCGAGACUUCUCGACGAAGAAUAAAGCCCUCAAGGAGAACGUGGCGAUGCUGCGCGAGGAGGUGCUCGAGCUCAAGAACGAGGUGCUGCGGCACGCCGGAUGCGGCUUCUGGGCAGUGGACGAAUACCUUGCACGAUGCGCAGGCGAUCUCUUGGGCGUUCAGGCGCCAGAUGGCAUGCCCGGAUCAGGAUCACGCAAGCUGAGCCACACGCGGAGCCCGACUUCUGCCCUGCUAGAGCCGGCAAAGCAGCGCGAGUGCAGCGCCGAGUCCCUACCUAGCCAAGGCACCACGAACUCACCCGACACCGACGACUACGGCGGCCUUGAGCUGCUGCAGGACACCGACGAAGAGGAAGAGGGCCAAAGGAUAUGAGCCUUCCUCACCCGACUUGCCUUGGCUGGCCCAGUUUUCCUUCAAUUCACAAUCACGAAUGGUCGAGACGCGUGCGGAGAUGGCCUUUGUUACGACCGAAUCUAUGAUACCCACCCUGAAUAUUCCGAUUCCGCAAAAAGUUCCCUUCGAUUCUCCUUUCAGCACCUCUUACCCUUCGUGGCUUGUGUUAUUUCUUUGGCAUUUGCUGCGAAGACCGGCUGCAAGUUCGGGCCGUAGCAGCCAUGAUCUCAUGAUAUUGGGUGGGGUAGGACGGGAUGAAGGCGGUUUGGCGAUGCGCAAAGCAUCAGGAGGAUCGAAGUCAAAACGAGUGGAUUGGAUUGGCUUCCAGUUUGCUCAACGAGGUAGCUGCAAUUAACUGAGUACUCC